AUGCCUGCCUAUCCUGCUGCUGCUAGCCCUGCUGCUGCCGAACCAGCUGCCAGCGUAGCUACCGAACCAGCUGUCCAACCAGCCACCGAACCAGCCGUCCAAACAGCCCUGUUCAACCAGCUGCCAGCCUGCCUGCGAACUUCCAACCUCCUUGCGAACCUGCCUGCGAACCUGCCUGCGAAUCAGCCUACGAAUCAAUCAGCUAACCAGUUAGAUAGCGAGGAGUUUAAAGAUUUCAUAUAA